UUUGCUUUUUUGAUUACGGAAUGCUGUCGAGGACAUCGCCGUGUGAUACAGUAUCUGUGUAUGCUUUGUUUUAUAUCGGGAGGAAGACUCAUUUAUUAAAAUGCUUAUAGACAGAUUUUUAAUAAGCCUGUGAAAUAUUUUAAACCAACUAAUACUGGGCGAAUAUCGGUUAAGUGAUUACGAAGCAUUAGCAUUAUCUCAGAGUGUUACAUUUAUUUAUAAAACUUAUCAACAAGUUAUAAAUCGAUUGGAGAAUCAGAAGCACAAACGGAACAUAACGUUAUUUCUACUUGACACCCAAACACUGACGACAACUUUUUUCCAUCGAGUAUUAUUUCACCGAAAGACUAGUAAUACCGUACGGCAACAGAAGAUUACAUUUGCCGGGAAAUUAUACAGAAAGAACUGGCAAUGCACUUACUGCCAUAUCAACAUUGGCUGUUAUGCCUGCUAAUUUUUAUUACGUUUAUGGAUGUUGGACAAUCAGAUAUCAGAGUUCUAUUUGAUACGAAACAGUCGAAAAGUGACUUGAAAUGGGAGAAACACCCUUCGAACGGGUGGGAAGAACUUAGUGGACUCGACGAAAAUGCCGCGCCGAUUCGAUUUCAUCAAGUUUGCAGAAACGAUAUUCCAAAUCAGAAUAAUUGGAUCAGAUCACCGUACAUUACAGCAAACGGAGCUCAACGAGUCUACAUGGAUAUUACAUACUCCAUGAUGAAAUGCGACACUUGUAAAGAAACAUUCACUUUAUAUUACUACCAGUCCAACUCUGACGUGGCUUCCAGUACUUUUCCUCGUUGGCAAGCACAACCCUACAUAAAAAUAGAUACAGUAGCUGCCGGAACGCGAUUUGACGCCUCAUCUAGUAGUAAUGGAGGAAUCAACCAUAAAACAUUCAGCAUUGGACUAAGAAGAAAAGGCCUCUACGUCGCCGCUCAGGAUGAAGGCACUUGCAUGUCAUUGAUAGCUACCAAGUUAUAUCAUUACUAUUGUCCAGAGACAACGCACGGCUUAGCAUACUUUUCAGAGACACUUCCAGGGUCGGAAGUAUCAUCGCUUGUCGCCGUCGAUGGAAAAUGCGUUACCAAUGCAGUGUAUACUAAUGGAGAAAUUCCAAAGUAUCGUUGUAACAGUAACGGAGAAUGGAAGGUACCAACCGGACUUUGUCAAUGUCGUGGUGGAUACUAUCCGGAUCCGGACUUGACCGCGUGUAAUGCUUGCAAGCCUGGAUAUUAUAAAGCUGGCAACGGAAACCAUGCAUGCCAAAAAUGUCCGCCUCAUAGCACCUCUCACUCUACCGGAGCAACAAUGUGUCAAUGUCAGCUUGGAUAUUACAGAGCUGGAAAGGAUUCUAUUGAUCAGCCAUGCACAAGACCGCCUUCAAGUCCGAUGAACAUUACUUGGGAAAUGGAGAAUCGCCGAGCUAAAAUUUCGUGGGUGACACCGUCAAGUACAGGGGCACGAAGCGAUCUUUACUACAGUGCCGCUUGCUCGGAAUGCGACGCAGAAUUCCAAAGGUGCCGAACUUGCCCCAGUUCGAUCCGAUUCGCACCAUCUGAUCGUCACCAUCUAACACAGACCUUCAUAAGUCUUCAGGGACUGGAAAUGUUCAAGCAUUAUAAAAUCAAGAUAUCAUCACACAACGGUGUAUCAUCUGUAAGCAAGGAACAAGCUAAUUAUGAAACGGUUGAGUUUUCAACGAAUGAUAAUGUGCCCACGAAGCCGCAAAAUUUUAUGGCAACCUCAAAGACUUCAAAUUCCAUUACUUUGAAAUGGGAUUUACCGUCGAAACUAUCGGAUAAAGUAACCGGCUAUGAAAUCCAUGCCUUGCCACUUCCAGACACAGCGUCACCGAAUGCACCAAAUUCACCCAACAUUGCACCGAUUUUAGUAAAGGCCAGAGGCACUAAUUUCACACUCACUGAUCUGUAUGCUGGAACUGCGUAUGAAAUUCGCGUUCGCGCUCUUUCACCUGACGGAACUGGGCCCUACAGCGACACACUCGUGUUUGCAACUAAGGAUGACGUUAUACCUUCUGCUAAGCCACAUGAAGAAGCUGGGGGAAUGGGUCUCAUAAUCGGAAUCGUCGCCGGUGUGAUCAUUGUCUUAGUAGUAGUCAUCAUCGCAGUUAUCAUGAUGCGUCGUCGAAGAGCCAAUGACAUCAUACGUCAAGAGAACGACAGAGCUCGAGCAAAAAUGGCGGGAACGUCAGACGAAAGACAAGGUCUUACUGAUGGGUUCAACGACAGUUUAGUUGUGCGUCUACCUCCACUAGCGUCCUCGAACAAUGGAAGAACAACCUACACAGAUUACAGAGAUCCACAAAAGGGCGUUAAAGAGAUUGCAAGAGAAAUUGAAUUCACCGACAUUAAAAUUGAAAAGGUCAUAGGUCAAGGCGAAUUUGGUGAAGUAUGUAAAGGCAAGCUUACAGAAGGUAAGAAGAGCAGUGUCGUCGCCGUUAAACGUUUGAAACGUGGAGCUACCUUGAUCGACCAAACCAAUUUAUUACGUGAAGCUUGUACCAUGGCCCAGUUCAGAGAUCCUAAUAUUCUUCAACUGAAGGGGGUGGUAACAAAAACUGUACCGACGAUGAUCAUUUCGGAAUUUAUGGAAAAUGGAUCUUUAGAUAGAUUCCUGAUGGCAAAUCGUGGACAGUUUAGUGUCUUGCAACUUGUCAACAUGUUACAUGGAAUUUCCAGCGGCAUGCGGUAUUUGUCAGACAUGCAAUAUGUACACAGAGACUUGGCUGCACGUAAUAUACUUGUUGGGGAUGACUAUGUCUGUAAAGUAUCCGAUUUUGGACUAUCUCGCAAUCUUGAAAACGACCCACACGCCACCUAUACCACUCAGGGAGGCAAAAUUCCUAUUCGUUGGACGGCGCCAGAGUGCUUCCGGUACCGACGUUUUACUUCCGCCAGUGACGUUUGGAGCUACGGCAUAGUAAUGUGGGAAGUUAUGUCAUACGGAGAAAAACCUUAUUGGGACAUGACAAAUGAACAUGUAACGGAAUCCAUCGAAGAUGGAUUCCGCUUGCCAGCACCACAGGAUUGUCCACAAGUACUUCAUCGUCUUAUGCUUGAUUGUUGGUCAAACGAUGCAGCUGCAAGACCUACAUUCAGAGAAAUCUUCAUUAGAAUGAAGAGAUUCGUUCAACAACCGGACAUGCUCGUAGAUAGAGAACCAAUCACAGACCCUGGAUCUGCCUUUCUUGACCCAGAAAGUCCCACCGAUCUAUCAAAACGUACUCUGACAGUGGACGAAUGGCUUGAACUAAUGAAAUUAGGAGCAUAUAGACAAAGCUUCCUUGAUAACGGAAUCAAUAACUUAUCAGAGAUUAUACAGCUAACAGCACAGGAUUUCGAAAGACUUGGAAUAAACGAGAACGUCCAUCGCACUCGACUACAAAGUGGAAUCCAAACUUUACGUCGUCACAUAAGCGGAGAUAGCGCAAAUAAUUCCGCUACCUUACCCAUGCAUAGCAACACCACACCAAAAGAAGUUACAUCGGCGACCACUCCAAGAGGAGGGGCAGUCGGAGUCGGCCCAGUAAGCUAUAACAAAGAAAACGUUCUGAUUGUGUGAUCGGGACGCAGUCGGACUUUAAUUACACGAUUUCGAGUAGGAAUCAAAUGUAUUCUUGCCGUAAAGUGACGUCACGGCAUCAAAAACAUGACGUAAUCGAUGGAAGAAAGGAGUGGUAUGACAAGAUUUGCCGAAAAAACGCACUGCCAAAACAAUUGGUGGGACAGAAAGAUUACUAGAAAACAAAACAACUCAACAACAUCUUGCCUAUAUUGAUUGUACUUUUACCUUGCUUCACAAUAGAGAAAACACUUAGCACAACCUAACAUAUAAAAUCUAUCUUGUUGUAUGUCAAGGAUCAAUUUUCAACGGAUUAUUCUCAUACAAGUAUGAUCUAUGUAUAAAAUAUACCUUGCUUGAAAACAUUGUUCAAUAUAUAUUCUUCAUUCAAGAUUGCUUGCCCGCUUUCGCUGGAAAAAAAAAUAUGAAAAAAAGGAAAAAAAAAAUUUUUUUUGGAAAAAAGUAUUCAGUAUACAACUUCAAAAUACAUCUAACAUCCAAAAAUGUGAGAUCCUCUCUCCUUUGAGGAUUUUUAUUAAUGAAAAUAUAUAUUUUCAAGGGAAAUGGAAAAUUAUUCGUUUUAAAUAAUAAGCAAAGUUUUGCACCCUUAUGUCAACGACUUAGACGCAAAAGCCCAUAACAAAACUAGAAAUAUAAUAACUUGUUUCCAUGGCCACGAUUGGCCAAUCAUAUGAUAGCGUUAUGAUUUUGAUUGUGGCAAGUAGAGUAAUAUAAUAUAGAGCCAGGUUAGAUUCAUGCUUGGCCAAUCAGUGAUCGUUUAUAUAUGAUGUAAAAUGAUUAUUAUUCGUACUAUGGUGUACAGACUUAAUUUUCAAAAAAAUUAUCUAUGAUUAAUGUGUGGCCGAUAAAAAAUCGUAAUCAGUAUUUCCAUGUGAUAUAAUUACCUGACAAAGUUAGAGAAUGCUUUUGCUGCUAUUGCUAUUUGAAAUAUUUAAUAAAAAUAUUAAUUUAUGUUCAUUUUCUAUUUGCACUCAUUAUUAUUUGGUGCUGAUUUGCAUAGAAGUAUGUUCGGCAUUAUAACUUUUCAUUCCUGAAAAAAGUUUAUCAAUGUAAUUUAUACGUUGCCGAUCAUGAUCAUAGAUGAUAAAGCUAUGGACCAUGUUCAUCCAAACAUAUUCUAGUUGUUAGCUAUUUAUAAAUACUUGCAAAUAAAAUGCACAUUUUGUACUUUCUCAUUUUUUCAUAUUUUCGUUACAAAUAUUUUUUUCAUAAUACUCAGUCUGAAGAAAUCAUACUCGAUUAAACAUAUUCCGAGAUUGAUUUGUUUAUAGACUCUUCGACUUAUUUAUCACAUUCUAUGAUUUUGCACCUUUUAAACUUGGAUCAAACUGAAAAAUGACGUCAGAGCAUAUCACGUCACUACAAUUCACUAAAUAGAGUGAAUAUCCUUAAUAAUUUUAGUAUCAUGUGAAAAUAUUUUUUACAUCGUUUUUGGAUUCUAAUCGGACGAGUUGCAUUCAAUUUAUCAUGGCUAAUUUUUUUUACCGUUUUUCCAUAUUUUCUAAUUUUUUCUCAUCCAACAAAUUUUUUUCGGUGCUAGCUCACUCAUGACUUUGUAGCUUUGUAAUAUAUUUGCUGAUGUGUGCGUCUAAGCUAUGUAAUAUUAUUUCUUGCUCUAUUUUCCUCUUUUCAUUUUCAAUUUAAAUAAAUUAUUUGAAAGUAUAAAGCA